AUGGAGAAAUUCAUAAUUAGAGAGUGGGCUGAGCUUAUUUCAAAACCCAUUACUUUUGGGGCUCGAGAACAAAAAGUCUUUAAUCAUGUUGACUUGCCUGUGGUAAAAGAUGAGCUGUCAAUUACUUUGCGGCUGAAACUUGAAGACUAUGCUUCCGACU